UCACAGCCUGCUAUUAUAUAGUGGGGCAUGGAGGGAGAAUGCUCUGCUGUGCUCAUCCGACUGGGAAUCUUCGGCAGAGAUCAGUUGCUACAGCUGCUUGGAGCUUUUGUCCCCUCUGGCCAGACUUCAACCUACGAGCUCAACUUUCUGCAUCUUUUGUGAUUCACCAUGCGGUCUCUCCUUGUUUGCUGCCUCUUUGGGGCUCUCUUAGCUACAGGCACCUGUCUUCAGUGUGAGAUCUGCACAGGUUUGAGCAAAACAUGUGAGGGCCACAUGCAGAAUUGUGCUGAGGAACAAGACACAUGCAUUCAUUCCAUAUAUGAGCUGAUGCAAGAUUACAUAACAGUUACAUUGAACGUCAAGGAGUGUGGCAAACUCAGCAGCUGCGAAUACGGACAACCUGAAGUAGAAGUGGGAAAAGGACUGCGAAUGAGAGUCCACAGGUCUUGCUGCACUGGGGAAAAGUGCCGCACCCUUCCACCCCCCGAGUUAUCGGCACCUGACAUCAAAUCCAAUAAUCUUCAGUGUCCUGGAUGUGUGGGAAUGUUCUCGAGCAAAUGUUACCCGCAACCUGUCGAGUGUACUGGGUCUAACACCAAGUGCAUGUCAAUCAUUCUAAAUGCAACAGUGAACAACCUAUGAUUCACAACCAAGGAAAAACCCACAUGUUCUCUUCAGGGGUUGUUAACAAGCCGUAGCUGGCUAGUGCAGCAGGUGUGAGACAACAUAAGAACCCUGAACAUUGGCGGCAGCGCAUGGCUUGCCAGCAACCCAGAUUCAAUCCAUACUCAGUCCUGGAGUGUGGUUAUCAUCUUGUCAGAAUCCAGGCACUGUCCCUCAAGUCCUGGAUGAAAUCUGACCAUGUAUGUCACCAUUACACACACACACACACACACACACUUUCAAAGCCCCUUGGCUGUGAGAACAUUUAGAAACUUGACAUAAGUUGCACAGCAACAAAUCUAAUGUUUUCUUCAUUAAGGAACCCAAGGACUUUUUAACAUUUAUUUAUUCAUUCAUUUGUUUGUUUGGGCAUUUCUAACCCAUCUAAUUACCGUAUGUCUUUGGACGGCUUGCAACAAAUCACCAAUAAACACAGCCUAAUAAAUACAUCCUAAUAAUUAUGUCAUAAUAUCCCAUGACUGAGGAUAAAAACUUAAUUAAAGUAUUGAAGCUUUAAAGUACCAGGCAAAUACAAAGGUCUGGACCUGGCACUGAAAAGCAUAUAAUGUCGGCGCCAGACGAACCUCGCUGGGAAGCGCAUUCCAUAGCUGGGGCGCAGCCACAUGUUGCUCAGCUUAGGUGUGCACCAUCAUCAUCAUCAUCAUCAUCAUGAUCAUCAUCAUCAUCAAUGCCAUUUUUCCUCUUGUGAGGAACCGCAGGGCAGCUUAAUAGCUCUUCUCCACUCCAUGGUAUCCUCAGAAGAACUCUGUGAGGUGGUUACACUGAGAUUGACUCAGUGUUCCAAAAUCCUGUGGUGACCUACAUGGUCGAGUGGAGACUAGAGUUCAGGUCUCCCAAGUCCCCAGUCCACCCCUGUGAUCACACACAAACUGGCUCUACCUAAGAUGGCAUACCUAAGAUGUUGUGUACACACAAUGAUGUGAAUUUUGAAUGCAACCAUGAUCAUGCAGGUAUGCUAAGCAUUUGACUGGGGCAGCAAAAAGUGUCUCUUGAUCAUACAGUCAGUAGCAAAAGCAGAUGCCCAUAAUUAAAGUUGGAUUCCUGGUGGGGAAAGUC